CCUGGAAAUCGUUGCUAUGACAAACGUCAACAACUAGAUACUCUUCUUCACUUUCAUUUAGCUACCAGUUUGAAUGUUUUUAUCAAAUAAUACGGUUUGAUUUCAUUAGAAUAAUUUUGGUAGUUAGAGAUUAGUUAAUUGCUAACUGUAAGUCAAAGAAUGACAUCCGUUUUACAGCCUCAAAAGGAGGCUCCAAACGGGACUUACACAUUCGCCAGUCGCCCAAGACCUGUUCAAAACCGCACCAAAUACAGAGAGCCCGCCGCGGAGCAAAGUGAUGGACAGAGCAAUUAUGGAAACAUCAUGUAUGACCGACGUGUUGUCAGGGGAAACACAUAUGCCCAGCACAUCCUACCAGUGGCAGCUCAACCUGACCCUAUUGAGGUCCAGAGACAGCAGGAGUCCAGAAGGAGAUCGGUCGCUCGGAAGCGUGCCAUGGAGCAGUUCAGGCCCAGGACUCCAGAGGCUCUGGAGGGAAGGAAGCACAUAGAUGUACAGACAGAGCUUUAUCUUGAGGAGCUGAAUGAUCGCAUAGAGGACACCAGCGUCGAGUGCCAGACCGAUGCCUUCCUGGACAAACCGGCCACCCCCCUCUUCAUUCCUGCCAAGUCCGGUAAAGAUGUGGCCACACAGAUAGAGGAGGGAGAGCUGUUUGACUUUGACAUGGAGGUGCGCCCGGUGCUGGAGGUGCUGGUGGGGAAGACUGUGGAGCAGGCCCUGCUGGAGGUCAUGGAGGAGGAGGAGCUGGCCAGCCUGCGGGCACAGCAGCGGGCCUUCGAGGAGCUCCGCAACGCCGAGCUGGUGGAGGUGCAGCGGCUAGAGGAGCAAGAGAGACGCCACCGUGAGGAGAAGGAGCGUCGGAUCACCCAGCAGCGAGAGGUGCUGAAGAAGGAGAUGGAGACUGCGGACAAGAUUGCGGCGCGAGCGUUUGCCCAGCACUACCUGGCCGACCUGCUCCCCUCGGUCUACACCACGCUGAGGGAACACGGCUACUUCUACGACCCUGUGGAGAGAGAUAUUGAGACUGGCUUCCUCCCGUGGCUGAUGGCUCAUGUCAGUAACACUUUGGAGAAGAGAUACGUGGCAAGAGCAGUGUUGGACAUGCUUAUCCAUGAUGUCACCCAGAAGAGGCUGGAGCUGUUCCAGCAGAUGCAGCCCCACGACCACUCCACCCAAUGAGGGCCUGUACCACUAUGGGGGGACAUACAGGGAAUGCAUUUCAAAUGAAAAGUUGACGAGCUGAAUGGCAAAAGGAAAAUCUCUACAUAUCUGUGCAACACAGUACAUUAAAUGAUUAUUAAAAAAUGAUUUGCUCUACUUAUAUUCAUGAUUUGAAAAUAUCGAACAACUGUCUACAAUAAAGACUAUAGAUUUAACUCUUAGCAUUUUCCACAAAUUGCAUUAGUCUCUGGUUUCAUGGACAGUGCAUUUAUAGCCUAUUAGUUUCCUGUCCUUACCCUUAGUGUUGUAGACAGAGUUUACUGACUUUUGAUGUAAUGUGUUGGAGGCUUGUAUUUCAGUACCUUAUAAUCUGCAAUUGGUGAAUUGUCUUAUUUUCCCUGCUGGUACAGUCAUUUUCCCAAAAUUGUAUGUCUCUUGAAAUUAUACUGGUAUUCAAUCACUAAAUUCCGGUUUACAAAAAGUCACAUCCCUCAACAACAAUCCUAUAGUAUUUGUGCCAGUGCCUUAACUUGAAAGUAAUCUGCUAAACCAAAAAUAUUGCCUACUUGAAAAUGGUUACCAAACAUUAGCUCUUGCGGUCAUACUAUUAUGCUAUUUUUUUUUUUUUUUUUUUUUUACAAAUAAGACAUGCUGGAAAGUACAGUACAUCUGUGUUUCAGGACACAUGUAUACGAUCCUUGUUGUUUAUAAAUAGAUUGUAAACUAUUUCCUCUUUACAAGUGGCUGUUUCGGUCCAAUAUAAUGCAUGCGUUGUGACCUAUAGCACGCAUUUUAGUGCACGCACUUCAGAGUUUAUCUCUGAUAUAUACCGUUCUAUUUUAAUCCUACUCAACUAUUGGUCCGUUUCCAUUUAUGAAACCUCCCCAACCCGUUCACAGCGUUUCCUAGGUUGAGUUUUAGAGGGUGUGCUUCUGACGCGCACUAUUACUCAACUACACAAAUAGAAACACAAUAAUGGUAAUCCAAAAAAAUAUACACGUGCAUCUAAUAUCGCUGUUUGUUUAUGACGCCAUAGUUAUUUUGUUAGAAUGAAUAUGUGGUAUUAAAUUACCACUUCCCAUAAUAGACUUAAUCUACAGUAGGCCUAUUUUAUGUAGCAACAGCAAUUCGUAAAAUUCUCAGAUUAUGGGGUGUUUUUAUAAAGGACUUUUAAAUGUAAUUUUGCACUUUUUUUGUAGUUGUAUGCCAAAACCCUAAACCCAAUGAAUCAUGUUAAAGCUACUCUGAUAAUAAACUUAUGGCACAUAAUGCUCUCAUCUGAAUACUCUUAUGAUGUGGCCUCUUGGUUAUCUCAAGGUCUUCCCUUCUGUAUAAUGACACAACUAUUCCAUCUGGUCUGUUUUAUCCUCAAGGUCAUGGAGUGAAGCCAUUGCAUUGGUGAAAUAAAUAUGCUGUUUAGUGCCUGUCUUUUUAUAAUUAGCCAAAUAUAACAGGCUAAUUGUAUAAUUGUUUGCUAGAUCUAGUCAACAAUGAGCAGUAUGUACUAUUAAUAAAAUUUGCUUUCACUGUA